AUGGCUACCCGCUCCAGGACAGCCUCUCGAGCCCAAUCCCCCUUUGAUCAGGGAUACAUGGAACCUGCACUUCCGCCAACCACCUCUGUCAAAUAUGGCAAGGUAUCCCUUGAACAAGUCACACGGCUCCUCCUUGGCCUUGUUGGCCAAGUCAAAUGCCUUGAGCAAGAAAUUGCCAAGAUCAAGGAAGCCGGAAUCAAGACCCGGACAAACGUUGAGAACAUCUCCCAAACCGUCAAUGUUGUCAAGGAUGGGCUCAGGUCCCUUCAAUCCCAUGGUCCCUGCACACCUGAAGGACCCCAAGCCAAGGCUGUGGAAGAAACGCCACGCCCCCUACCAAAAACCAAGCCUAUUGGAUUGGCUAGUGGGGGCCCCUUCUGGACAGAAGCGCCCAAGGUCCUCCCCAGUUUGGCCCAGCCAACCCCAAGAAGAGUUGCUCCCCCGCAAGUCCCAUCUCCCCUUACAUCUCCGCGUCUCCAAUCCCCAAUUGGAGCACCUGCCCCUCUCCCUCCGGCUCCAGCAGCCCACUACCCCGCUCCGGUCAAGGUUGACCACCCUGAUGCCUACACAGGCAAAAUAGGAAGCAAGGCAAAGCAAUGGCUGACCAGGAUGCUGGCCUGGACCCGCCUUAACUUGCGGAUGUUCCCAACCAAUCAGGAGGUUCUAUCCUUCCUCCUGAUGAACAUGAAGGACUCCGCCGGGGCAUGGGCCCAUCCACACCUUGACCAGCUUGGAUCACACCGGGCUAUCAUUCAAACGGUCAAGGGUUUCAAGAUGGAAUUCCUGGCAGCAUUUGGCAACCCUGACGCCACAAGGGCCGCUGAGCAGAAGAUAACCACCCUCACCCACCGUCAAAUUGCAACCCGCAAACACCAUCCCCGUACCCUCCUAGAGCUGCAAAACGCAGCACUUGUCAUUGAUAACGCCCUCCGUGAGGAGCGUGCUAGCCAUCCGCCAAAGGAUAGUAAGUCUAGCAGACCAACUAACCCCGCAAGGGGGACGGGUACCGGCCAGUCAAACACUGGUUCUAAGAAGCUCUCCGACAACCCAAACUUUGUGUCGGAAGAAGAACAAAACUGCCGCCGCGCUGCCGGCGCUUGCAUCAAGUGCAGUAAAAUGGGUCACAAGUUUGCAGAAUGCCGCACGGGCUGGAAGGCUACCCCUAUUGAGGAUAAGGGGAAAGCCAAGGAAACCGCCAAGGUUGGCAAAGACUCCAAGUACCAAUUGGGAAAAGAAAUCUCCCUGCUCUUCACCAUUUCAAUCAAGCCAGAGAAACAAGCGGACCACUUAGAAGUCCUGAUAGAUUCAGGCGCCACAUCAUUGUUCCUACACCCACGCACUGCUGAGGCAUUACGCCUACCACUCAUAGACCUCCCUACACCCCGCACUGUUACUAUGCUCAAUGGGUUGAGCCCCCAGGCUGGCAAAAUCUGGAAAAAGGCCAUACUGACCUUUUCCUUUGAUGGCAAACAAAUGACAGAGACUUUCCUAAUCUGUAACACAGGAUCUCACGCUGCCAUCCUAGGACUGAAGUGGUUAGACGCCCACAAUCCGGAGAUUGAUUGGAAUCUGCGCACUCUCUCUUUCCCUCACACCCCACCGGAACAAGUAACCAUUGCCAAAGAGGAGGAAGCCAACAAAGACCCUCUAGAAGGAGUACCCCCUGAAUACCAUCAGUAUGCUAAGGUAUUUGGGGAGGAAGAAUUCAAUAAACUCCCUCCGCACUGGCAUUACGACAUUGGAAUCAAACUUACGGAAGAAGGACCCCUCAACUUGCCUCUUUAUAGUAUGACUGAUGCUGAGUCCUCUACGCUCAAGGACUGGCUUAGGGAUGAACUCAAGGCGGGCAAAAUACGCCCUAGCAAGUCUUCCAUCAGCUCCCCCGUAAUGUUUGUCCCUAAAAAGGAUGGUUCCUGUUGUUUGGUUGUUGACUAUUGCCGCUUGAAUAACCGGACAAAAAAGAACGUUUACCCGCUACCCCGUCCUGACAACCUUAUGGCCCAGCUGCGCGGCGCCAAGGUAUUCACCAAACUAGACCUAAGAUGGGGUUAUAACAACGUCCGUGUCAAAGAAGGUGACAAAUGGAAAACCGCCUUCCAAACAAAGUACGGCCUUUACAAGUCCCUGGUAAUGACUUUUGGUUUAACAAAUGCCCCCGCUGCCUUCCAGCACUUCAUGAACAAGCUAUUCAAGGAUCUACUGGAUGUAUGCGUCAUCAUUUACCUUGAUGACAUCCUGAUAUACUCUAAGGAUGACGCAUUGCAUACACAACACGUUCAUGAGGUUCUGAGGCAACUAAUGGAAAAUCAACUGUUCUGCAAGGCAUCCAAGUGCACGUUCCACGUCACCUCUGUGGAAUACCUAGGGAUCAUUGUCUCAGAUAAAGGUUUUAGCCUGGAUAAGCUCAAAAUCCAGGCGGUACAAGACUGGCCGGUACCUACUAAGGUUAAAGAAGUCCAAUUGUUUCUGGGAUUUGCCAACUUUCUUUGUUGUUUUGUUGCCAACUUUAGCCACAUGGCUAGGCCGCUACAUAACCUAGUGAAAAAAGACACACUGUGGAAGUGGGACACCAGGGAACAAGAAGCCUUCCAAGGAUUAAAGGAUGCCAUCACCAAUGCCCUGGUCCUUUGUCACGCUGAUCCCUCUAAACCUUAUUUUUUGGAAACAGACGCCUCUGGUGCAGCCUUGGGAUCCAUACUCAGCCAACGCCAAGAAGACGGACGCCUGCACCCAUUGGGUUUCUUAUUGGAGUCAUUCAAGGGGGCCAAACAAAACUAUGACACGCACAACAAGGAGCUUCUAGCCAUCAUUUGCUCCUUCAAGUACUGGCGCAUCUUCUUGGAAGGAACACCACAACCAAUCACUGUGUUCACGGACCGUUGUAACCUGGAAUAUUGGAAAGAAUCCUGGACAUUCAACCAACGCCAUGCACAAUGGCAUUUACUACUUGCCAGAUACAAUUUCCAGAUAGUCUACCGCCCAGGGAAACAGUCAGGGAAACCUGAUGCCCUCUCACGACGUGCUGAUCAUGCUGAUAUUCCACCUGCGGAUCAAACCAUGCUCCCGGACCCCGUAUUUGCCAACAUUGCCCUAGUGACUCCCAAAAAAGAGCUACAACGCCAGAUCAAGGCUUCUCUAGACCAGGAUGAAUCCUUGGAAGAAAUCUUACAGUUCCUACAAAAUGAGUCCAAGGCACCACCCUCCAUUAAACGCGCAUUCAAGGAUUAUGAAAUGGAGGCUGGCCUAUUGUUUUACCAAGGACAAAUUGUAGUACCGGAUGUAGGGACCUUAAGGACGGAUUUGCUCAGGAUCUUCCACAAUAGUCCAUUGGCGGGCCAUCCAGGCAGACAAAGGACUCUAGAGUUAGUAUCCAGGACUUACUACUGGCCUGGCAUCCGUGCCAACACAUACUGGCACGUUGACUCAUGUGAAAUCUGCCAACGGAUUUGGAAACCCAAAUACGCGUCAAUCCCACCUCAGCCUCUAGAACUCCCAUCACGCCCGUGGCAACAUGUGUCAUACAACAUGAUAGUAGACCUGCCCAAAGACGGAAAUUGUGAUUCUAUCCUGGUCAUUGUGGAUAGUUUUACUAAGUACGUGAUCCUAGUAGAGUGCUCCAAGAAGCUCAAGGCCCCGGAGUUAGCAGACCUAUUCCUAUGCCAUGUAUGGAAACGCUAUGGCAUGCCUGAGAAGACAAUAUCAGACUGCGGACGGGUUUUUAAUAACAAAUUCCUGAAGGCGCUGUACCAACGCCUGGGAAUAGACCCCCACUUCUCUUUGGCCUAUCAUCCUCAAAGCGACGGGCAAACAGAACGUGUGAAUCCUAUGGUCAAACACUUUUUACGGGCAUACUCAGGGAUAAACCAGAAAGACUGGGUCAAGUGGUUACCAAUGGCGGAAUUUGCCUACAACAACGCGGUACACAGCUCAACAGGCAAAUCCCCCUUUAAGGCACUAUACGGCUGGGAACCUUCCUUGACUCCAAGUAACGUCUCAACAGACGUCCCUGAGGCAGACAACCUGGCAACCCAGAUGGAAGAACAAUGGCGGGAAAUAGAGGCAGCACUCCGGCAAUCAAAGACACGUAUGGUAGCCGGAGAAGUAGGAGAACCACUUGAAUUUGAAAUUGGGGAAGAAGCCUGGCUAGACGCAAAAAAUGUGAAGCUAAAGACCCUUAGUCCAAAGCUAACCAAACAACGCCUAGGCCCCUUCAAAGUAACCAAGAAAAUCUCCAACAGAGCGUACCGCCUAGAACUUCCGCCCACAAUGAGAAUCCACAACGUUUUUUACGUGGGGCUUCUGUCAAAGGUCAAAAGGGACAAAAAGCGCAACUUUGAGAACUGGCCACCACCUGUUACCGUGGAUGGAGAAGAAGAAUACAAGGUUGAGGGGAUCACAGACAUGGAAGAAAGGAACGGGAAGUGGUUUUUCAGGGUAAAAUGGAAAGGCUACGGAUCAGAAGAGAAUACCUGGGAACCAAGGGAGAACCUCAAAAACGCCAAAAAAAUCCUAGAAAAAUUUGAAAAAGAAAUGAAAAAGAAGGCCCUUGGCGCUGCCAAGGCCCUUAGAGGGGGGGCAGUGUCAUAG